GUUGCAUCCAUUUAUUUUAGCCACUAUGACAGAGGACAGCAAAAAAUUCGACAUUAGAUUAGUAGACAACGAAAAAGGCAAGGGUCUGUUUGCUAAAACCGCAUAUAAGGUGGGUGAUGUAAUACUUCAGGAGAACCCAGUGGUCUGCUGUCAAUUCGCGUGGAAUACUGACUAUAAGUACCGGGCAUGUGAGUACUGUAUGCGACCACUUGAAAGCGCCGAAGAAAACGCCCGCCGUCUCACUGGCAAUUCUAGCCUCAUUCUGCCCUUCCCAGAGUGCUGUGGAACUACAAAAAACUCAACUACUGAGUGCGAGUUAUGUGGUGUCCAGUACUGCUGUCUUCAGUGUAAGGGAGAUGCUUUGCAUCAAUAUCACGAGACUUUGUGUCUACAAACGCGAGAAUGCAACCAACACCAUCCACUGUUACAGUUGAAGGAAACCUGGAAACAGAUGCACUACCCCCCAGAGACUACGACUGUUAUGCUACUUGCCAGAAUUGUUGCAAUGGUCAAUCAGGCUACAGACAAGUCAUCCAUAUUAAGUAUUUUUUCUCAGUUUUGCCAUCGAACUACCAAUGAUACUCAUGAGAUCGCCCACAAACUUCUUGGAGAGCAAUUUAUGGGCCAGAUUGACAUUUUAAGGGAGAUGAUGCAGAAAACUCUGAAUACCGCAGACGUGGCCAAUUGGUUUACCCCAGAUGGCUUUCGAAAUCUUUUGGCUCUUGUGGGGACUAAUGGCCAGGGUAUUGGAACAAGUCCAUUUAGCCAGUGGGUUAAGAACGUGACAAAUCUUAAUUUAGACGAGACUCAACGAACACAAGUUAAUAAACUUAUUGAUAGAAUCUACGAUGAAAUGGAUAAUGUUGUAGGGACUUUUUUAAACAGUGAAGGCUCAGGACUCUAUGUACUUCAAUCGUCAAUAAAUCACAGCUGUCUACCAAACGCAAUCAUUGAAUUUCCGUAUUCAAGUAGCACUUUAGUUGUGCGAGCCGUCCGAGAUAUCCAUCCUAACCAAGAGAUUUGUAUCUCGUACCUUGACGAGUGCCAGCUAAAACGAAGUCGACACUCCCGCCAAAAGGCUCUAAGCGCUUUGUACUUGUUUCUAUGUAAGUGCGAGAGGUGCCAAGAACAAACUGGUGACCUAAACGUUACCAGUGACGAAGAUUAUGAUGAAGACGAUGAUAGUAACUAAAUGUAUGAAAAAACUUAAGAGUAUAAUUGUUGUUCAAAGUUCACAAUAAUGCAAUUAAA